GAACGAGGAGCUCCAGGGCUUCGGCUGAGCACCGCGUUACUCCUCUUCGGUUUCUCAGCUAUUUGUUCAAAGCGAAAACAAUACGUCUGGACAAAGAAAAAAAUAAUAAUAAUCCCUCCCUUUCGCGCCGCUGAUAGGCUCCGCCAGAAUAGCAACAGGCCGGAUCACCGAAAAGGGCAAAGCCUGCGGUAGCGGAAAGAAAAGUUACUCGCGGAUCGCUUUAGUAAACUUUCAGAUUUCAUCCCGCUGCCAUGAGCAGGGCGCCGAGACUCAUCGCCGGUCUGGAGCGCCUGAGGAAGGCGGCCCUCCUGUAAAGGCGUUUGUGUCUCGAAGGGGCCCUGGGCUUUCUCAGGCUCCAGCCAUGUUACUCGGGCAGAACAAGGAGGACCUCGGUCCGAAAAGCCAGAGCGAGACAGAAGAGGGUACCGCAUGCAGGAGCCUUCACGAACCUCCAGCUCAAACAGGGAGGUGCUGGAAGUAACACUAUCAGUCUAUGUACAUAUAGAUCCUUUUGGCGUUUCGAGAAGCCAGAGGAGGCGAAGGAGAAGAAUUCUGCUUGCUCUAUUUUAGUUUGGUAGCAUUUCUGUGUGGUUGUGGAAUGCUCACUCUUCUGUCAUCUGUCAUUGCUGCCAUUAGUGGAUUUUUGAUGGGUUAUGAGCUUGCAGUUAUCUCUGGAGCUCUUCUUCAGCUAACUAGCAUCCUAACACUUUCAUGCCGACAACAAGAAAUAAUUGUAAGCACAAUUCUUGUUGGUGCCUUGUUAGCUUCAGUAACUGGUGGAAUCCUGAUAGACAAAUAUGGGAGGCGAUUUACCAUUAUGUUGUCAUCUGCUUUACUAGUUGUGGGCAGUCUGAUUCUGAUCAUUUUUGCCUCCUAUGGACUACUUAUAGUAGGACGGAUUGUGAUUGGGGUUUCUGUUUCCCUUUCUUCAACUGCAACAUGUGUGUAUAUUGCAGAGAUUGCCCCGCAGCACAGAAGAGGUUUGCUUGUGUCUUUAAAUGAACUCAUGAUUGUUACGGGCAUUCUCUUUGCCUACAUUUCUAAUUAUGCCUUUGCUAAUGUUUCUCAUGGCUGGAAGUACAUGUUCGGCCUUGUUAUUCCACUGGGGGUUUUACAGAUAGUUGCUUUAUAUUUUCUUCUGCCCAGUCCUCGUUUUCUGGUUAUGAAAGGUUUCGAUGAAGCUGCUAGUAAAGUGCUUGGAAAACUCAGGGCAACUUCGGACACUACCGAAGAACUCACCAUGAUCAAAUCUUCCUUGAAAGAUGAACACCAAUAUCAUUUUCUGGAUUUGUUCCAUUCCAAAGACAAUAUGAGAACACGGCUGCUGAUAGGGAUCACACUCGUUUUUUUUGUACAAGUAACUGGACAACCCAACAUCUUGUUUUACACAUCCACUGUGUUGAAGUCAGUUGGAUUUCAGAGCAAUGCAGCAGCUACUUUAGCUUCAACUGGGGUUGGAGUGGUUAAAGUGAUCAGUACGAUACCAGCUAUUCUUUUUGUGGACCACAUAGGAAGCAAGACAUUUCUCUGUAUUGGCUCAUCCCUCAUGUCGGUGUCACUGAUCACCUUAGGAUUAGUAAUGCAAAAUAUACAUGUGAAUGUCACCACUGUCUGUAAAAACCAGUCUUUGGAAGAGAUUCUGUUUCAGGGAGCAGGAACGGUGACCUUCACUAAUGAAACCUUUAAGGAACGUUUUGCUGACAUGACUUUACCUGUUAAAAGUCCCCCCUGGUGGAAGGAUGAAAUUGCUGACCCCGAGUAUCAGAACGGGACGACAUUGGUAGGAGACAAAAUGUUUGUCGGAAUGCAAGCAGAAUCCCAGGUUGCAGUUGAACCAGCCAAGGUGCAACCCUUUCUGAAAUGGCUCUCUUUGGCUAGCUUGCUGGUUUAUGUUGCAGCUUUCUCCAUAGGACUUGGACCAAUGUCAUGGUUGGUGUUAAGUGAAAUAUUUCCUGGAGGAAUCAGAGGAAGGGCAAUUGCUUUCACAUCAAGCAUCAACUGGGGGGUUAAUCUCCUUAUCUCAUCAACGUUUUUGACUGUAACAAACCUACUUGGCUUACCCUGGAUAUGUUUUAUUUAUGCCCUGAUGAGCCUAGCAUCAUUAGCUUUUGUCAUUAUCUGUAUACCAGAGACAAAAGGAUAUUCCUUAGAGCAAAUAUCCAUGGAACUGGCAAAACAAAAGCACGCCAAGAAUCCUUUUCGUUGGAUGGGCCAGCGGCAAGACCAACUGAUUGGCUCAGCUAUAGAACUUUCUAAUAAAGGCGCCAAUGAACAGUUCUUCUAGGCAGAAGCAGAGACAAGAUGCUUGAGUCACUAAGACCAGAAGAGUUAGCUUUCGUAAUGGACAAGAUGGUAGAAUUCAUAGAAAUCCUGCCGCUACAUCUGAAUGCUUUAGCGUCUUAUUCUAAAUUAGCUUUCUCUGAUUUUUAUUUUAGAGGACUUUUUGGUCAGUGAACGUUACCAAAUAAUGAAUUUGCACAUUUUAAACACAGAGCUGUCAAACUGUAAGGAUAUUUCUAUGGAAAUAAAUAAAAAAAAUAUGAAGGUAAUAUAGCCAAUUAUACAAAGAUGAGAAAUUUGUGCAAACUUCUCUUUAAGAGAGUAAAAUAUUUUAAUCAUGCUCAGCAGACUUGUGCAACUGUCUGCUUUCUAGGCCUAUUAGCCAAGCUCUUUAAAAGGAAGGACACUGACUAUUGCUUCAGUCACAAGUCACAAACACACAAACUGCCUCACAGGUAGUACUCCAGUUAUGUCCACUUGUUCAGCAACUGUUCAAAGUUAUGACGGCACCGGACUUGUGACUCAUGCUUGAAGUUGUGGCUGUUGCAGCAUUUUUGUGGUCACGUGAUCGUGAUUUGGGCUCUUGGCAACCCUGCUUGCAAUUAAAUCAGUUGCAGCAUCUUGCAGUCACAUGAUUGCCAUUUGUAACUUUUUCUGUCUGCUUCCUACAAGGAAAGUCAUUGGAGAAACUGGCAGGGAAAAUCAUGCUCUGCAGCACCUGCCCAUAGCACCUUCUUACCCUCCUGUGCCUGCCUAGGACAUCCACCUGCCAAUGCUCAAUACUGUCUGCCCAUGGUACCUAUCCACCUGUAGGUCUCACCUGCUGGCCUACUUGCUUCUCCUGUUCCCAUGUGUAAUCAUGUGAGAUCCUUGUUUAAUAACCUGCAUCAUUCUGGGGUUAAGAUAGCAGUUGGGACUGCGGGGAUUGCCAUUACUUAGCCAUGCAGUCACAUAACUUCACACUUUGACCACAUUACUAGUGACAGAAAUUCCAGUCCCAUUGAAUUAUCAUAACCUGAGGAUUACCUGUUUGGCAAUCUAUAAUGGCUGCCUAAGAAAAUCUACCCUAAGGUCAUUAAAUCUGGGCAAAUGGCAAGAUCAGGAUAUAGGAAGCUGCGAUUAAAUUUGAAUAUAGUAUUCAGUUGUGGUUUAGAGUUACAGUACUUGCACAAGCUUAUCUGAAAACUUCCCUUUCUUCCUCGAGAUGGAAAAAUCUGAUUUGUGGUUUAAAUUAAACAUUUUCCUUUCUUUUUCAA